UUGCAAGUAUAAAUAAAUUCAAUAACAGAAAACAUACUAACCUCGCCGAAAAACUCUGUAAGUCAACGUGAGCGGAGACCAGAUAGACAAGUAUAUGUGCCUCGAGCGAGACGAGACGCCGUUGCGCAAACAGCCAAUUCUCCCCUUAAAAUGAACCACGAAUCAAGUGAAUAUUCUCAACAAAACAAUUGUGAUAAACUCAAUAUGUACAAAAAUAAAAUGUCGUCCAACAGUAACGAAACAAUUAAUGUAAAAAAAAGUAACUUCGAAAUGAACGGAAACGGUGAUGAUUGGAAAGAUAAGCUAAUGGAUGAGGAUCGGGAUUUGUUCGAACUGCAACGCGCAUCGGAAGAGAUCAACAGGAGUAACAGAAGAAUUAUGAAACAAAGUUUCAGAUCAGAUGUACUCAUCAUUUCCGACGAACAGAAAGAGAGAAAAUCUGAACCUACCAAAUCGGAGAAAAAGACAAUCGAAAACAAACGUAAUGUUGCGUGCACGAAAGAAGAACCUAUUAUAACAGUACCAAAAUCGACACAUUAUGGUACAUCAGAAUCUCACAAAAUUAAUCCGGAAGAGGAUGACUGGGAAGCUAUGUAUGAUGAAAAUGGUGACUGUUUAGAUUCAAAGCUUUGGGAAGACCUCACGCAUAUGGUAGGAAAAGCAACAAUAUCUCCCCAAGAGAGUAAUAGCGAAAAAUCACUUCAAAAUAAAGAUAAGUCAUCUACGAUAUCAGAUGACAGUUUUGCACAUGUUUUAGAAAUCUAUGACUUUCCUGCCGAAUUUAAAACUCAAGAUCUUUUAUCAGUCUUCUCGCCCUACAAAUCGACUGGAUUUGAAAUCAAAUGGGUAGAUGACACGCACGCAUUAGCAGUUUUUAGCAGUGUACAAAUUGCCCAAGAGGCAUUGUCACAAGACCUGCCGUUCGUGAAAACGCGGCCACUACGCGAAGGUACAUCAGAGUCGAGGCAAAAGGCUCGCCGGUGUGCGGAAUUUUUGCAACCGUAUCGCACGAGGCCUGAGACGUGUCCGGCAUUAGCUCGCCGGUUAGUUAGCGGUGCAUUGGGCCUGCGCCUCAAGACGGCAGCUGCGGACCUGGAACGCGAACGCUUGCUGCUUAAAGAAGCCAAAGAAAGAAAAUUAUUAGCAAUCCGCCAAAGAGAUGAAGCGUGGGAGCAAGAAUAUACGACAAGGACAGGAAAAUAAUUUUUUUUAUAAAAGAUUUUACAUAGUAUGAUGGAUAUAAGUUGUAACAAAUUCAAUAUAAAAAGUGUAAUAUGUUUUAUUAGAAGUAUAUAAUAUUAAUAA